GUUUCAUUCAUAAAUAGUUUUGGCUGUUAAAGCAACAUUACAGUGUUCUGCGAAGGUUUGGCGCUAUUGGCUUCUGCCUACUGUACGUCUCAAUACAUGGAUCACCUGAAUUGUAAUUAGGGGGACGCUGACGCUUGCCUGGACCAUGAGCAAUGAGUCUACCGUCUGGAACAACCUCACCGAGAACUCCACCGGGGUCCCAUUUGAGCCUGGUAAACAACAGAAUGGUUACGUCCUACUGCUGGUGCUCCUGUCCAUCUUCCUAGGGGGAACACUGGUCCUGCUGUCUGUCAUCCUGAUUGUCUCCAGACGCUGCUGUGAUGGAGACCGCAACUAUAACAGUGCCAGCGACGACCCUGAGAAAACCAACACGACCUACACUGAGGCGUCUCAACCAGUCCAUGCAGAGAUCACCAUCCGGGUCGACGAGUCAGACUGCCUGUCGGCCGCCAGCUCCCGCAUGGACAUGGAGACGGAGCGCUUCCUGUCCACGGGCACCCAGGGCGGCCGCCGGGUCUCCUUCAACGAGGCGGCGCUCUUCAACCAUGGCAGGAAGGCCCUGGAUAAAGGCCGCAGGUACACGUUGACUGAGGGUGACUUCCACCACCUGAAGAAUGCGCGACUCACACACCUCCACAUCCCGCCCCUGGCCCUCAAGAUCGUCACUAUCCACGAGUGUGAGUCAUCAGAGAUCAGCAUCGCCAUGACGACCCGCCCCGCCGCCAAGUCCAGCCUUUCCAUCUUCCAGCCGGCACUGUGUGCCCUGCGGCCCCUACCCCAGACAGCGUUGACCAGUCUGAGUGUCAGCCCCAGCUCAGCCCUCCCUGGGGACACCCUCAACUCGGUGGUGGACUCCAGCUUCAGUGAGAGUUCCCUGGUCCCGGGACCCAAGGAGCCCAGCAGCAGCAGCAUUGAGGUGAUGGUUUCUGGCUCCAGGAAUGGGGGCAGUCCGUCUUUGAGUGAUGGGGCGUCGGUGACGUCUGUGACGGGUGUGUCCCCUAGCGCAGGAGUAGGACAGGGCCCGGUCCUGCAGUUCUUCACCAAGCUGAGGCGCCAUGCCAGCCUAGAGGGGGCCAGUCCAUACUUCAAGAUCAAGAAGUGGAAGCUGGACAGCAGCCAGCGGGCUUCUAGUCUGGACACCAGAGGGUCCCCUAAGAGGAGGCAGUUCCAGCGGCAGCGCGCCGCCAGCGAGAGCAUGGACCAGGAGGAUAACGACGCCCACCACAUGGACCUCAUCCAGUACAUCGCCCGCACCCAAGACGUCACCUACCACCCCAGCCCCUCCGCCCGCCUCCUCUCCCCCAAGCCACCACCCUCCCUCGGCAGAUUAGAGGUGGAGGUGGUGGUGGAGCCCAGCUGCAGCAGGGGCCAAGUAGCGGGGUUGAUCGGCCUGUCCCCAGAGUCCCAGGACGAGGCAGCGAGCCUGGGGGACUGUAGACAGGAGAGCUUGGCCUCAGACCACCAGGCCUUGUACAGAGACAUCUGGACGCUCCGGGCCUCUCUAGAGCAGUACGGCUCCUCAGACCAGAUCAACAACGACAGGGACUCUGUUCGCAGCGACGCCGACAGUGUCAGCUCCCUGGGGGGCCGGACCGAGAGGGAGGAACUGCCCAGUAACCCCUCCCAGGACAUCGGGGAUGAACCCGAAGGGGAUGUAGAGCUGCCCAUGGAUGAUGGGAUGGGAGAGGAGAGGGAAGAGAAGAAGAAAGGGGGGAAGCAGGACAGUGUGGAGUCAGAGAGGGUCAGUGACGGGGAGUCAGGCAAUCGUAAGCUCAUGCAGAUGGACAGUGGCUAUACGUCUAUAGAGGCUCCAUCUCGGGCGCCAGAGGAGCUAAGACUGUUUGGCAGUAGUGGUAGUAUAGACAGGACGGCCCUGGAGAAGAGACACUACUUCACCAGUGCAGGGCACACAGGCACAGUGGGUGAGAGCUUCGAAGCCCGCAUCUUCGAGGAAGAGCCAGGCGAGGAGAUGCUGGUGGGGGCGACGGGCGGCAUCACAAUAGAAACGUCCAGGUCUCCCCUGGGCUGGUCUCCGUAUGGGCAGAUGUUCACUCCACGAGAGGCGCAGCCGCACUCCCACCCACCCUUAUCAUUACACCGCCGCGACUACAGCAUCGACAAGAAAACUGACGCGCUCUUCCAUGAAUUCCUCCGCCACGACCCCCAGUUCGACCAGCAGGAGUCACCGAGGAAACAUCGCUCGCGCAUCCACCUCCGCAAACAGUGGCAGCGCAACAAGCAGUACAGUGACCCGGGCGUUCGCUACCAGUACCACUCCUUUGAGAGGCAGCGGACCCCCCUGCGACGAGGCGAUAGCGUCAACUACCCUCUGGACACAGGCUUCCACAGCACACUGCCACGCAUCGUCAGUGCGCCUGAUGAGGAGGCCAGCGAGGGGGCCCUCAGUACCCCCCAGACGCCAAAGGCCGAGGUGGUGGCGGACGGGGCAGGAGAGGUGGAGGAAGGAGACAGGAGGAGAGCGAGUCCCAGCAGUAGCUGUGGCAGCAGCACCAUGACCAUUAGAGACCUGGAAGGGAGGGCAUCCUGUUCCCCUCCCACUGUUCCGGAUAGAGAGGGCCUGCUAGGGGAGCAGCCCAACCCCCAGGAAGACACUAGGCAGGCGGUACACCCCCCUGAGGCCCCUUACGAGCCCCCCCAGCCUCCUGACACGGGCAACAGCCGACAGACCAUCACAGCCGAGCUGACGGACAAGCUGUGCGCCACUCUGGAUGAGCGGCUGUACACAGGCCUGCAACGGACCAAGGACACAGUGGUGGUGACCGAGUGUAUGGUGAAGGUCGUUCACGUCUCCCCCGACCACAGCCCAGUGUAGCAUGUCUCCAGUCCUCCUCCACUCCUCCCUGAUCUUUUGUGUUUCAUUUGAUUUCAGUCUACGCCGGGUAACUACAAUUUCUCUGUCUGUCUGUCUGUCUGAAUUAGCUGGUCCCAGACCAGUAACAAGAAAACAGGCUACACUACACAGUAUCAUGUAGGCUAUAUGAAUACACCCCUAGAUAGUAUUUACAGUACCAUAGUGUCUCUUACUGCAGUGAUUCCUUUCUCCUCUUAGAGAAGUGAUGAUGUAAAGAGCCAGUAUGCUCUAUGCACUAGUCUAUCCACUGUGAAACUAGGUGCUAUUAGCCUUGAAAUCAUCUCAAGAUCUGGAUACAAAGUUUAUCUGGGUGUAAUAGGCCAGCCAAGACUGUUUAAUUGUAAUGUGAUGUAAUUUAAUCUGAAUCUAUGGUACUAGGAACAGAAACGGAAACAGAUGAAUUUGAAAAUGCAUUUUUUUCCCCCUCAUAAACGAUCAUUAAAUGGGUAUGAAAAUGCUGUCCUAAUUUGGACACCAAAUAAAUUGCAGUAUCCAUAUUAGGACCGCCUCGUCAUAUCCACACUGGAUCAGAGAAUAUUCUUCAUCAAGUAUCCUUGUUGCUUAAUGUCUGGCCUCAUGUUUCCAUAAAAAAAUGUCUUACUGCUUUCCAGAAAAGUGAUGGUUGUUAGGACAUGAUGUUCUUUGUAUUUGUUGUUGUUUGUCUAUGCUUGUUUUACAUUUCACAGCUGGUUGUGACUGUAGUAACUGGCAUAUUGGAGGCCAGGGUUAGAACAACUUAAAUGACAGGUUUUUACCUCAUUUCUGUGCCAAAAAUACCUUGUUAGCUAAUGGAGGCAUCUCAAGUGUUUCUGAACCAGGGGUUGGAACUAAAACAUUUUUUCCAAUCGUUUAGUUUUGAACAUAACCGCAAAUCUUUCAUUUUGUUCCACUGUUCCGACCAGCAAGAGUUUAGAACCCCCCAAAAAAGUACUGGUUUAUAUUGUUCCUUGUUUAACCUGUCAAAUCAUGUAUUUCAUUUCUUUACAUUUAGCUCAUUAAAUGACUUCACCAAUCAGCGCAGACAGAGCAGGCAAGCUAGUUGUUUACAUGCGUGAUGGACAGGCAAGUGUAGCCUAUGGUGCAAGAUGCAACAGAAAUUUUGCGGGUGGAGAGAGCGAGAGAGGGUUGAAGUGCUGGGCAUCUUGUUAUGACAUGCAUUAUCUGAAUUCGGUCCACAGAAUUAUACCUACGGAGCAGCUUCUAUGGAGGAACGUUGAAUGUCCUUCGAGCAAGCCAGCUAGUUAGUGUGUACAGAGCCACACCAUAAUUAAAAACAUAUUUUUUUGUAGUUAAUAAAUUCGACAUGAAACAUGAUAACUAAGCCUAUAGUAUCCUUAACUAUCAUUGAAAAAGUGAAUCCUUUAUUUUCUAGCUAAUUAAAAAGGUCUCCUGACUUCUGAAUCAAGCUUGUAACCUCAGUACAGGAGCCUAUGCUUUGGAGAGGAGCAGGUCUCUCUCUCUCACACACACACAAAGAUGUUCAGCUUGCAGGCAGACACUGGAAUAAGUUUGAGUGAGGGAUUUGCAUAGGCGUUUUGUUGUGGGCCUAAAAACAAAUGCCUGGAAUGUAACAUAACGUUAUUAAUCGGUUCCAAAGCUUUGAAAAAUAACUGGUAUGUUCUGGAACAGUAAGGAUCACUUUCAUUCCAGGUUCCGUUUCUGUUCCUUGAAAAAUGUUGUUCCUUUGUUCCAACCCCUGCUGUUAGAAUCACACAUCAAAGGCAAGGCUCCCUUGGCCUCCCCCACGACAGUGUUGGUUAGUGCUGGUCUAUAGCUGUAAAGGUUUAAAUGAAGGCUUUGAAUGGGGCCGAUGUUGCCCUCGCAGACAUUUGCGUUUAUUGAAUUUAUUCAUAAAGGCAUACUUUCUUGUGCAUGGGUUUACCAAACAGGCUUUAUUUGUUUGCUCACUUUCUUUUCUUUCCCCUCCUUCUCCUGUGAAAGUUGAUAACGCAGCAGCGCAUCCCUCUGGGCUGUAAGGACUGCACUUCUUGUCCGUUACCAAACCAGAACAAAGUUGUUAUUUGGAGCAAAUUCCACACCUUCUCCUUUGACAUCCUCUGUGUGGACUUUGCAACCCAAUGCCAUUCAAGUGUAACCCCACUAUCAGAUUAUGUCUUAUGUGCCAAAAGAAGGCAAGGACUGGCAUGCCCGUUCCAGAAUUACCUUGGAAACUAUUUUGCACUUAACUGUGUAGUGGCUGGGAGUCUGCUUCUCCUAUAUCCCACAAUCAGCAGGAAUAUUUGAUCAAAAAUAAGGGGACUCCCCCUCCCGUAGUUGAAGUCCACUCUGCCUGGUCUCUUGCUGAGGGUGUAACACAAUUAAGAUAGAGAAAUUGCCGUAAAUGGAAAAGAGGGAGAUAUUUCUAGCUUUCAUUUCCCUCCUUUUGGGUGUGACUGUGCUACUUCACAGCCCCGGUGAAUCAGAUAUGUUUCCUUUAAUAGGGACAUCAGAUACCUCCUUGUUAUAGCAGAGUGGACUCACAGGCAGAAGGUACCUUAACUCAUUAGGGGAACAAUGGCCUAAGAUGAAAGCUGGUGAGAGGGCUUGAAUUGGUCUUCUAGCUUGGAGGCUAGUGAUAUCCUUCCUUUCUCUCACCUACUUCACAUAGCCCACACAGUAGACAGUGCACAUUCUGUCACCAUGGGAAGGAACCCCAGGGGCUUCACAUGUCUCAGCACCAUUUUGUGUCAUUACCAGGUGCCUUUUAUGGAGGUGUUAGAACGUCAAGGAAUGAGACGGAUCCUUUCGCCAGUCGCCUUGGGAACAAACAAGAUCAGAUGCCUGUGAGGUUACUGGUUACUCAGCAUUCUCUGAUUAUUGUCAGUAAUUAGAGGAAUGGUGCAUCAUUUCUGGACUUAGCAAGGGGGUGACAACACCAACUUAAUAAAAAAGAUAAGAGGCGCAAAUAAAUGAGUACAUUUGUACAAAGAGUAACUUUGUUGUGUAUACAAGAACAAUCUUGCAGGAACUAGUGUAGUCUCUUUUAUUAGGUGUAGACGUAACUGGGGACACUGUGGUGAAAGACUUUUUGUACACAAGUAGCCUGUCCAAUGCAUGGACACAUUACUGUGCAUAGGUUUGCAUGAUAAUGAAUAGUUUUAGUACAUAUAUUCAUGAUUUCUCAGAACUACUGCACCAAAUGAAUUAUUCCAUGGUCGUCGGUCGACAGAACAGACAUUUAAAUCAGCACUGGUACUUAAUCUACCUUUGUUGUUUAGGAGUCAUGCCAUGCUAACUGAUAAUCUACAAUUGAGUUUUAUUUCCAUGAAAGACAAAAAUAUACAAUCUAUUUCUGUAUUCCUGCUUGUUAUAACUGCUAUAUUUCUCAAACUAGUUAAGUAGAGCUUUAUAAAUAACUGAUUUGUUGACCCAUAACUAUAUGAGCCUUGAGGGACCAAACAAUUAAACCGUUAUUUGGGGAUUUUCCAAUAAGUAAAUAAAUGAAU